CAGCUGGAUGUGCGGGACGUCUGACGGGAAGCGGGAAUUUCGUUGCCAGUUAUAUUUUUGAAACAGACCGCAGUAUAAUAAUGAAAGCAGUAAGCAAUACUUAAUCCAUAUGCUGCCAUACAAUCUUCUGCAUCUGAGAAAAAUGAAAAAAUAACACGCAAUAGAAACACUUCUGAUUUACUGGCGGAAUUAGAACUGUCCAGAACUGGUUCGGACGGCUCGUGAUUUCCAUGGCAUUACAUGUAAACAAAGAAGCUUUUGACGGCAGGGGGCGCCAGCGGACUGAGAAGUUGCGCGCGUCACGUGACCGCACAAACGCGGAAGCGGCGACGUCAGCUGACCGCCGACGCACGUGACCCGCCGCGCAGCGAUCAGUGCGGUGAGUCAGGUUGCAUCUGGCGUCGUUCGUGUCCUCUCUGUUGUGAAUUUUCCACACACACAAAAAAAAAAAAAAAAAAAAAAUCUCAAUGGCAGGACGAGCUAAAUUAGUAGCAGUGAUCGGUGACGAAGACACGUGCACGGGGUUCCUGCUGAGCGGCGUGGGCGAGCUGAAGAAAACCCGCGAGUCCAACUUUCUGGUGGUGGAGAAGGACACGAGCAUCGCAGAGAUCGAGGAGACCUUCAGAGGUUUUCUGGGUCGUGACGACGUUGGGAUCAUCCUGAUCAACCAGUUCGUCGCAGAGAUGAUCCGUCACGCCAUAGACGCCCACGUGCAGUCCAUACCGGCCGUGCUGGAGAUUCCCUCCAAGGAGCACCCGUACGACGCCUCCAAGGACUCGAUCCUCCGCAGGGCCGAGGGCAUGUUCUCCGCAGAGGACUUUCGAUAGGCUCCGCCUUCCACGGGCGUGACCACAUGGCUGCUUUCGAUCAAGAGGUCACUUGCAGCACAGAGUUGUUCCCCGGAGUCCUCACCUCACAGUGUGCUGUCAUUUUUCCCAAGGCACGAAAAUCAUCAAAGUUUGGCUGUCGCUAAGUUUUGUCCAUGGGCUGUUCACUGCUCCUUUUUCACAUAUUAUUUAUAUAUUAUUACUAUUGCCUUUAUUUCAGUAGAUUUUUGUGAUUUGCUUGCUAACUGAUGUAAGAUUUUUAUUUUGAUUUAUAUUUAUUUGAUAUUUUAUUCAUGGGCCACAAGGUCCUUUCACUCCUGUCAAAAAAAAUGUGCAUAAUUUUUAUUGCCUAUCAUUACUUCCAGCUAAGGGGGCACGGUGGCACAGCAGAUUUGGCCUGUGCCUGCUCUCUGGUGGGUCUGGGGUUCAAGUUCCACUGGGGGUGGCUUGUGACGGACUGGCAGGACGUCCAGGGUGUGUCCCCUCCCCCUCCAGCCCUGUGUUGCCAGGUUAGGCUCUAGCUUGCCGCAACCUCGCUUGGGACAAGCGGCUUCAGUUUGUGUGUGCGCGUGUGCGCUUCUGGCUACCUCAUAUGUCUGGUGUAUGUCAUUAAUAUUAACAUGAGCGUUUGUGACCUUGUCCUCAACACUGGGAAUGUGAACGAUGGGGGUCUGCUCUUUUCAUUGACUGUGGACCUCAUAAAACCAGAGACUUGAAUAUUUCUUAAUUUUUCUUGUAAUUGCUUUCUUUAUUCUUACUUACUAAUUUUGGUGUUUAGCAGGAUACAAAUUGUCACAUUUAUCAGUUUGUUUGCAUCGAUGUACAGCAGGCCACUAUGAAUUAAUACCUUAAAAUUAUACAUAUUGUUUU